AUGUCAAGUCCGCCUUUCAAGGUCAAGGCCGUGUACGAAUAUACCUCGCCCCACGAGGACGAUCUUCAUUUCCCCGCUGGGCAGAUAAUUACGGUCACUGAGCUGGAGGAUGAUGACUGGUAUGCUGGGGAAUACGUGGAUGCUUCAGAUGUGAAGCAGGAGGGCAUCUUCCCCAAGAACUUCGUUGAGAAAUACGAGCCUACUGCACCGCCGAGGCCGACACGCACGAAUCGUCCAAAGAAAGAGGUCGAACCCGCCGUUGAACCAGCUCCCGCUCAACCACAAUCCGUCGAGCCUGCUUACGAAGAAGAACCUGAGCCAGAGCCAGAACCAGAGCAAGAGCCUGAACCCGAACCAGUUCCAGAAGCCUUGCCUGUGCGAGCAGCACCCCCUCCAGCUCCAAAAUCCGAAGCUGUGAUAGCUCCUCUACCAGCUCAAGCUGUCGAAGCUCCGCCUGCAGUACCGCAGACAGCACCGGCCCCUUCAAAACCAGCUACUUCUCCACCGGUAUCCGAAAAGCCAAGCGGUGGUUCAUUCCGAGACCGCAUUGCUGCCUUCAAUAAAGCAGCCCCUCCAGUUGCUCCAUUCAAACCCAGUGGAUUAAGCUCGGGGGGUUCAAGUAAUUUCAUCAAAAAGCCUUUUGUUGCUCCGCCUCCUAGCAAGAACGCCUAUGUUCCACCGCCCCGUGAGCCGGCACCGCAGAAGGUCUACAGACGCGAUGAGGACCCGGAAAUAGCUGCUAAAGAAUCGGAGAAUAUGGAGCAGGCGGAAAGGGCUGGUUUAGCUGCACCAUCAAAUGAAGACGGCGCUGAAGAACAACCAAAACCCACAAGUUUAAAGGAACGGAUUGCACUUCUUCAAAAGCAGCAGAUGGAGCAAGCAGCGCGGCAUGCAGAGGCAGCACAAAAGAAGGAUAAGCCCAAGCGCCCGCCCAAGAAGCGAGCCGAAUCUCAUGGCUAUACAGAGGCCUCUGAAGACGCCCCCGGUGCUGUUCCCGAGAGGAGAGAUACCGAAGACAGUAGUGCGAGACCUUCAGUAGAUUCGGGGCGAGAGGAACCUAGUGCACCUAGAAGGCGCAAGUCCUCAAGAGCCGGUCCUACGACACCUGGUUUACAUCCUAGAAAGUCUUUCGGUGAUGGCAAUGAGGCAGACAUGUCCGGAGCUGGUGAUACCACUGAAGAACCCGAGGAAAUAUCAACGGGGCGGGAUGACUCUGACGAGAAGCCGAGAACUAGAGCCCCUCCACCUCCGGCUCGAGCGCCAUCAGCUCCUGUCCGUCAGCCUGAUGUUGGGGACGAGGAGGGUCCUGCCGGAAGCCCCGACGACGAGGAAGGUGACGAUGACCAAGAAGAAGAGGAAGAGGAAGAUAUUGAUCCUGAAGUUCGCCGCAAGGAGGAAUUGAGGGCUCGUAUGGCAAAAAUGAGCGGUGGUAUGGGCAUGCACGGCAUUUUUGGCGGCAUGCCGAUGCCUGGUCCAUCGGCUCCUCCCAAGAAGAAGAAAUCAAUCAGUAGUGGCACCAACGAGAAACGGUCAGGCGAGUAUGGGGUUGAGGAUGUGCCCUCUGCAGCCACACACGCUCCUCCCGUGCCAAUGAUACCGCUACCAGGAUUGUCAAGAGUACGCAGCCCAGAGGAAAUUAACAGACAGAUCGAGCAAGAGGAUGAUAGUAGUUCUGCUAUUACCUCUCGGCCAGCUGAUGAGGUGCCCGAUGUUGAGGAUGUGGUGCCUUCUCAUGAAAGGGCCCCACCGCCAGUUCCAUCUCAUGCUCCUGAUAAUGCACCACCAAUCCCCGGUGGAAGACCCGCUCCACCACCUGUGCCCAAAGAGUCGCGGCCAAACGCUGCUCAUUUGCCGGGCCCAUCUCCAAGCGCCGGAUCCGAAUCCGAUGAUGAGAUGUCUGCUAGUGCUGAAAGGUCAUCACUUGCUACGCCAAAGGCAGAGGCUCCUCGGCCCCUAGGGAGACCCGAGUCGCAACUGUCGCCUAAAUCACCAACUGCAAAGGGCACGUCCUACUUUGGAUCCGAGGAGGUAUCUCCCACGUCUCCAGUCGAUCAAGGAAACAACAGACGUUCAAGUCGAGUGCCUCCAAUACCUGGUGCUCUCACCGUUGUAUCGCCCCAGAGCCGAGCUCCUCCACCACCUCCACCAACUACAACAUUAAGUCGAUCCUCCACCGGCGACAAGGAGGUACCUACCUCCCCGAAUCCUCCAGCAAAGGUGGAAAGCGAAGAGGAAAUCACGGAAUAUGAGGGCGAUUAUGAUACCGACAUGGCAUCUGCAGUACCCCAUAGAGAUGCUCUGAAGGCACACGCCAGGGAAUCUAGUUUAGAUGAUACCAGUUCCAUUCAGCCAUCAGUCACAAUGCCACCAUCAGCUCCGCCACCUCUCCCGGCACCUGCUGCUCCGCGGGCGAUACCUCCCCCGUUGCCCUCACAACCACCUCCAAAUGCAAGACAAUCCGCCGAUAUGCCACGAGCUGCACCCCCACCACCUCCUCCUUCGAAGAUGCCAGCCCCAUGGGAACAGGAUGACGAUGAAUAUGACCCGUACAAGUAUACUGCACCCAAGCAGAGUGUUGCCACUAGCAAUGCAUCGUCGUCUAGAAUCGAGCAACGCGAAGAAAAUUUAUACUCAAGCUCACCACCAAGACACCAGGCCCCGCCUCCUCAGGAUCGUCAAGCACCACCUCCUCCACCCCGUGAAGCAGGACCAGGGCCGGGGACACUAAACAGAGGCCAAUCUCGACAGUCACUAGAUGUGCCCCGUUCUUCGACGGCGGGGAGGAGGUCCGUGGAACUUAGUAGGAUAUCGAUGGACACUGGAUAUGUUGCGAAUGACGUUGAUCUCGGAAGAACUACAUACUGGUGGACUCAGCCAAGUGGUAUACCUCCGGUAUUUCAUAAUCGAAAGGAUAUCUUGCACGAAGUUGAGGAGUCAAGCUCAAACGGAGGAGGCAAAACGACCUUUACAAGGGAAGUGUACGUGCUGUACCAGGAUUAUUCACAGACAAUUAUCACUGCACAUUUCGACGGCCAAAAUCCAGCAGACGUUAAUCUGGAGCAACGUCACGAGCCGCCACCCUCACGUCUUCGACAAGACCAACUAGAGCAAGCUCAUGAACUGUUUGGGCGCCGCAUCGCCGAAGCUGUAACCUCCAAGCAAGGCACGGUCGUUGGGGACGGCUCACCCCAAUCCCUAGUUCAAGAACUCCUUAGACCCCUCACUAACUCCCUCCUCCCCGUGGGGACCCGCGCUUACGGCUCCGUCGUCUACGCUAACCUAGCCAACGCCUCCACGCAACAAAACGAUGAGAUCCGCCCGGGUGACAUCAUCACAUUACGCAACACCAAAUUCCAGGGUAAGCAUGGUCCUAUGCACGCCAAAUACAGCAUAGAGGUGGGGAAACCGGACCAUGUAGGCAUUGUCGCGGAGUGGGAUGGCACAAAGAAGAAGGUCCGGGCAUGGGAACAAGGGAGGGAGAGCAAGAAAGUGAAAAUGGAGAGCUUCAAACUUGACGAUAUGCGGAGCGGGGAAGUUAAGAUCUGGAGAGUCAUGCCGCGGAGUUGGGUAGGAUGGCAGGGGCAGAAUUAG